CCAACACAUGCGCCCGUGCCAUAAAACAGCCUAUCCUUGGUCUAUUCCGUUACACGUCACAUGAUGGAAAUCACAGUUCAGCAGACGGCACAACACUACUAGACUCCCGUUUGUUUCUGCGUUUUAAAGGGAUUAUAGUGCGGUAUGGCUGUGCUCUUUUUGCGCAAAUGAGUUGCGGGACGUUUUUAUUGUUUCAACUUUGAAAUGCGCAACAUUUGUAAGUUCGCUACAAUGUAACAAAUCGACAGUGCGGCCAACACCGAGAGGAAUGCUCAUGGAUCCCAUCGCUUGCAGAUUUUGAGGCGUCGGCAGUCCCGUCAACUUUGAGAGGAGUUGCACUCAGAGUGCUUAGUCUAGUCUGAAGAAUGUCUUCGAUUGAGGAGGCCAAAAAAGUCAGCUCCGAAACUCCAGAACACCAACCCGUUAACGGUGACGCUACAGAUGUCGGCUCCAAGACAAAAGAUGAUUUUGACCUUGCCGCUGCAUACGUCUCCGAUGCCCAGUAUAAUCGGAACACAUUCUUUGAUACCUCUCCUCAAGCUGUCAGACUGUACCAGCUGUACAACCACCGGGGCAUGAAGCUCUUCAUCUAUGUCUUCAUCAUCGUGGAUCUGGGCUUAGCUGUGUUUGAGGAGCCCGCUCUCAUCCCUGAUAUGCCAAUAUGGGCCACCGGCGUGGUGGAGCUGGUGUGCCUGAUCGCCUUCACAGCGAGACUUGUUCACUACGCCAAAGUCAUCCCACACGACAAGUUCUGGAUGGACCCAAAGAACAUUUUCAUCAUCGUCAUCAUUUCACUCUCUCUGGUUGACAUGAUCACGUACGUGGGGCUGAAGACGGCCGGACACUUUGGAGUCCGCUGGUCCAGAGUGCUCCGACCGCUCCUAUUGGUCAACAUCACUGAGGGCCGACAGCUGCGCCGGGCGUUCAGGAGCAUCCGCAACGCGCUGCCCCAGAUCAUGUACGUCUUCUUGCUCUUCAUGUUCAGCGUGCUCAUGUUCUCACUCAUGGGCCUCAAACUCUUCGGGAAAAGGGGCCUUAAAACGGUGGAAGGAGCAUCAUAUUUUACAAACUAUUUGGAGAUCGUCUUUGACCUCUACGUUCUCGUCACCACUGCCAACAGUCCGGAUGUCAUGAUGCCAGCGUACAACUACAGCAGUUUCUUCGCCGUCUUCUUCAUCGUGUACAUCCUGAUCAACACCUACAUCUUCAUGUCUGUCUUCCUCGCCGUCGUUUACAACAACUACAAAAAAUAUUUGAAGGAGGAAGUUCGGCAGCUUGUGAAGGCCAAAAGGAGGAAGAUGUUGCGAGCGUUUGGCGUGCUGCAGUCGGGUGCGGGGCAGGAGAGCAGCGUCAGCAAGGCCCACUGGACCCAGCUGGUGUGUCUGGUCCAGCCCGGAAUCAGCAGCGGACACAGGGAGCUGCUGUGGAGCGUAUCCGACGACGACAAGAAAGGCUCCAUAGGCAAGAUGGCGUUUGUCCAGCUCCCGGAUCUAUUAAACAUCCAGGUGAUCACCAUGAAGAGUCGUCCGCACCCGUUAAAGAUCUGGCUACCGGGACUCUACAACUCCGCUGGAAGCCGCCUGGUCCGCCGCAUGGUGCAACACAGGGUGUUUGUGUAUGUCUACGACGUCAUCAUCCUGGUGAACGCGGUCUUCAUCGGGCUGGAUGAGGAGAACCCGCUCAUCUCCAACGCUGAGUGGAUCUUCUUGGCACUCUACCUGCUGGAGAUCGUGCUGAAGCUCUACACCUUCGAGCCACGAGCCUUCUUCAACAAACACGAGUUCUGGAACUGGUUUGACACGAUCAUUGUUGUAGCCGCCCUGAUCGCUACGAUUGCAACCAGUGCUCUGAAGUCAUCUGGAUAUACCAGUCGCGAGAUCCUGGAUAUUGUAUUCAUCCUGCGAGUUUUCAGACUUAUACGUGUAGUAGACAGCAUCCAAAGAUUUCGAGCUAUUAUUAAUACCCUCAUCAAGAUUUGGCCGACUAUUCUGACAUUUGGUCAGCUGAUUUUGGUGGUGUACUAUAUCUUUGCCAUGGUGGGUAUGGAGCUGUUCAAGAAUAAAAUCCAGUUUUACGGCCCCAACUCCACCAACCCACAUAAAGACUACUGUGGGAAUCCGCUGCUACAAGGCACCGCCUUCGCGAAGAACAACUAUUGCAAGAAUAACUUUAACGACGUGGCCUCGUCCUUCGUCCUGCUGCUGGAGCUCACCGUUGUCAACCAGUGGCACGUUCUGGCGAGUGGCUUCACGAGUGUGACUCACAUGUCCGCACGCAUCUUCUUUGUGCUGUUCCACAUCGUGGUCGUCAUCAUAAUCAUCAACAUUUUUGUGGCUUUUAUUCUGGAAGCCUUUUUUGUCGAGUACACGUUGGACAAAAGUGACUUACAGACGUCCUUGGAGAAGAAGAUUGAGGAGCUGGAGCUGAACUUUACAUUGGAUGAAACCGAGGGCAACUUGGUGGAUGCCAUGGAAACGAAUCAUGAUGACUUGGGACCGUCACAGGCACCAAAGGAGAAGCCUUCCCUGGUGUUUAAAAUCGCUUCAAGAAGAUACAAAACGGUGGACGGGCUUUUGCAGCGCAUGUUCGAAGCGGACCUCAGUCUAGAAGACAUCGAUGAGGAGGACGAAGAAAACCCCAACUUUCCAAAUCCAGUCUUUGGGGCCGUAUAACCAGGGCGGGAAAAAAGUCUUAAAGCGCUUUAAUUAUCUCAGAAGUAAAUCCUAUAUUUUUGCACCAUAUUUUUUAUGCAUUUGGUGAAUGUGCAACAUGUAAACAAGAUGUUAACCACUAUAUACCUCCUCUUUUCAACUAUUUGUAUGUGUAAGAAAAGGCAGUCAUGAUGUAAAUACUGUGUAACCGCACAAAUACACCUAGCGCGACAAGAGCGAGGCGAGCGACGGAUGUAAUUGACUUUGUAUUGAGUCGCGCGACAAAAGCGAUUCUGGAGACUAGAGGUGAUUCGCACGCCGAGAGCGACAGUUUGAAGUUGAAAUCCGUUCAACUUUCUAUGACUCGGUUCGGCGACCAGCUGCGACAGCCAAUGACUGUAUAGUAGAGGUCAGUGACCACAGCCAAUGGGAAUGUUUGAAUGCUUUGCCUUCUGCUUGUAUUAACGGACACACUGUAGUCGCUUCAAUCGCUCGUAUCACUCUUGCUGCACAGAUGCGAUUCUCUGUCGCUUCAAUCGCGUCGCGCUAGGCGUAUUUGUGUGGUAAGGCAGUAGUGAUAUAAAUGGUUUGCUGAUGUGUUGAUAUUCUCCUGCCUGUGUGGCACCAGUCUGGCUGUUUUGAAAUGACAUGUUUCUCCCUAUAGGAGUUGACGUCAGAAAUAUUGUUAAUAGCUCAAGUGUCUGUUGUUUGUGGUAUACAUUUGAACUGCACUAUUGAUAUAAAAAAGUAUGAUGCAUGUAGAUGUCUUUCAAUUUCUCUGGAUGAAAUACAGUUCAUGGCAUACUUUUCA